AUGGAGAAUACCGAAGUUUCGAAUUAUUGGAAUUAUUUCCGUUUUUUCGAACCGGCAACAGUAGAUUUAAAUAUUUUUGAAGAGAUUAAGUUUACAUGCACAGCUUCUGGUCAUGGCGUUCUCUGUAUUGCGGAUCACGAGGACUUUUAUUUGAGAGAUAAAAGUGGCGAAAUAAAACCAUAUUCUUUUAAGAAUAUGGAAAUAAUCCGUGUUCUACUAGCCAAUAGUGAUCCAACAAUGCUAGUUUUUUGCCAAGAUUUACAAUCAUAUACAAUUUAUUAUCUCAAUACAAGUAAUUUCGAUCAAUUAGGCCUGAUAACAUUUUCUAAAGCUAUUCAUCAAACUGUUGGAUCAAUCACGGCAUUGCCAGAUAACUCAAAAAUUGCUUUCGUUUCGAAUGAAAACAAUGUCGUUGUUUAUUCGUCUCCUUAUAAACUAAAUACUGUACCAAAAGUAUUCAAGUACAAUGAUCCAGUCAUUGGGCUUCAUUUCGGAGUCAGGCAUCAAAUUUAUCCAACUUUAUACGUUCUGACUCAAAAAGAGAUCUUUUCGGUUUCUUUUACAGAGGGUUCUGCUCCAACACAGACCAAAAUUGAUAUCAGAAGUACAGAUGGAGCCACGACAAUUUCAGAUGCCGGAUUAUUAGUAGUUUCCAGAGGCAAAGAGAUUACUCGAUACAACGAAAAAGGUAUAGACUUAACAUACACUAUCGAAGAUACUCCAACUCUUCUUUAUUCCUUCCAAGAUUACUUAGUUGCUUGUUAUGGCAAUAAUGAGCCAGGAUCAGUUCUCAUUUACCAUCCAAAGACACAUCUUGUGUUCGGAAAAGCAAGUGGUGGCCUAAGUAUCCAACAAAUUUAUAAUGUUUGGGGAUAUGUUUUAUUUAUUCGAAGAAACUCAACAUUUAUGUUUCUCAAGCCCACGGAUAUCAUUGAAAAGAUAAACCAGCUUAUCCACAACAUGCAAUUCGAAGUUGCUGUUCAAAUUUCGAUUGCAAAAAAUUUACCACCAGAAUUUGUUGGAAAUAUUCAUUACAUGCAGGGCCAAAACUACAUGGAAAGGUCCGAUUAUCAGAAUGCAGUACAGUGCUAUAUCAAAACAAUAAAGAGAAUCGAACCUUCCUUCAUUAUCUCACAGUUUAUAGAGACAUCGAGGACAGAAUACUUAAUACAGUACUUAGAAGCUCUUAAUGAUAACAGAGUUUCCACAAAACAACACACAACUUUGUUAUUUAAUUGUUAUACAAAAUUACGUAACAAGGAGAAGCUUACAACGAUCAUUAAUGCGGCCUUAGAAGGCUCCAAAGUCAAUAGAGAGCCUUCGUUCGAUGUAGAUGCUGCUAUAAAAAUUUUAUUGAAAAAUAAUUAUUUUAAUGAAGCGAUGCAGCUAUCACACGCGUUCAGAAGAUACGCCACUUACCUUAAUAUCCUCAUAAAGAGGAAGUUUUGGUCCGAAAUCAUUAACUAUUUCCAUGAAGUUGACAAAGAUACGCUUGUCAACUCAUUACGUGAGGUUGCGGACAUUCUAGACAUACUUCCUGCAUCGUACAGAGGCGAGUUGAUCGAUAUUAUACUACAGCAUUGCCUUACGAAAGAAAAGAAUUUCUUAAAAUUGAAAUAUCUUCAGAGAAUCUUUACGAACCACCGAGAAGACUUGUACUACAUCUUGAGAACUAUCCUCCAGCAGAUGCCCGAGCGCAUAGAGAAGUUCAAUUGGAACAUGUUGAUUGAACUCGCCAUUGAAGACCCAGUCGACGAUGACGAUGAAAUUGCACUCAAAUAUUUGAAUGACAAACGAGCGAAUUUUGAUAUGGAGUUAAUUUUAAUUGUCAUCGCUGGUGCCAAAAAUGAACACGCCAAACAAUGCGUAUUAGAAAAAGCCGGACUUUUGGAUUCUCUGAUCAAAAUUGCCGAAAUUGACAAAAUUAUCGAGAUUUGCACCCUUUACUGCGACAAAGACGUCUUCAUAUGGGAGCGAGCAUUGAACGUUGUUGCCAAAAGAAACGAUGAAUCCCAAUUAAAGCCAAUGCUCGAGAUGUGCCAAAAAUAUCUCACAAUGUUGGAAAUUUUGAACUGUUUGAAGGGUCGAAACAUCAAAAUGGGCACCAUCAAAGAGUUCAUGCUCCGCCAUUUCAACGAAAUGUCGCAAGAAAACAACAAAUUAUCCGAAAAAGUGGAUAACGACCUCAAAGACCUCCAAGAGAAGCAGGAAACCGAAGAAAACAAGAGGACAGGCUUCUUCCCCACCAAAACUGCUUAUUGCGACAAAUGCCAUGAUACUUUGGAAAUUCCAAUUCGACAUUUUUUGUGUGGACACUCAUAUCAUUUAGCCUGUUUAGGCGAAGUGAUCGAAUUCUGUCCAAUAUGCCAUGAGAGACACAAAGAAAUCGUUUCCAAGCGCGAAAAGAACCUUUUAGAAACAGAUUUGGUUUAUAAAAACGAAGAUGAGCCAACAAUGGACGAUUUCGUGGAAAAUAUUGCUUCAGAUGCAAUGGUGUUAACUGCUAGUGAGGAUUUGGCUAAGGUUAAGCAGUUCCAAGACUAUUUAACUUCGAAAGAUUUAUAA